UAAGCUCAAUGGAAACUUCCUCACUCUUUCCAUGCCCUUUCCCACCUUGUUCCUCAACCCUCUUCUUACUUUUCUUCUUCUCUUCUUCUUCUCACACCCAUAAUUGAGAAGAGAUGAGAACAGAGGUUGAAGACUUGAUUGAUUCAGAUGGUUUUAGCUACCAUCAAUGGCAGCUUCAUAUCUGAAGAGAUUUGUUGUUUAUAAAUAGGAGAAGUUCAUCGAUCAACAUAGCACUUCUAGCGCCAACCGUGUAUAUUUAAGUUUUGUGGUUACAGAGCUCGUAGUGAUCAUAGUCAGACCUUAAUUAGCUGCAAUGGCGGGGAUGCUUCCUGGUGUGGAAUGUGCUCGGAGGAGACGAGUCCAUCGGAGCGGUGAAUCACCUAGUCUGGCUAAUACAAAUGGCUGCAGCAGACGCCCAUCCUUUUGCUUGUAUGCUAGCAACCAUGAAACUCAUCAAACCUCAACGUUUUCUCUGCAAAGAAGCAAGCUGAAUCAGGCUUCAUACACGGACGAGAAGCUAGGAGUUGAAGCUAGAGUUGCAAAGGAUAGACUAGAUGAAAGACUGAGAACACAGAAAAAGUCACAACCCAAGAGGCUAAUUAGCAAGGAAGGAUCAUUGAGAAUUGUUGUGGAUGAUGGAAUAUCUGCCAUGAUUAUGAAAGAGUUGCACAGAGAAGUGUAUGGAUCAAAGAAGACAACUAAGACUGGGUCAAGGAAGUUCAGCUGGGCAAAGUUGAGCUGGAAGUCGUCUGACCAAGAUGAGUGCGCUGUUUGCCUCGAGAGGUUCAGGCCUGGUGAGACCCUGGUGCACCUGCCUUGUGCACAUAGGUUCCAUUCUGGGUGUAUGAUCCCAUGGCUAGAGAAGAAUGCUCAUUGCCCUUGUUGCAGAAUGGCCAUAGCUGUAGUGUCCCAGUAAAUUUACUUCUCUUUAAUUCGUGUUAAUUCUCUGCAAUGAGCUUUGCAGCUGUAGGGUGGCUGGUUUGAGAUCAGGGUGUUCCUUUAUGGAGCAUUAGCUUGUAUCUGUCAUGUAAUUUUGUUCAAGAAGGACUAGCAAGGCACUCGGUGUGUGAAUGAAUUAUGUAUGUAUAUGGU